AGCGAGCGAGGGCGGCGGCGCCGCAGCAGCAGCUCCAUGGCCGGCGGCGGGUCGGCGUGAGGCGAGGGGAGGCGGCGCGGCGCGGCAUGGCGGGCGUCAGCUACUCGCCGCCCUGGUGGGUGAGCCUGCUGCACCGGCUGCCGCACCUCAGCCUGCGCUGGGAGCUCACCGCCGCCGACUUCCGCCCGCACGACGCCGAGUACCAGCAGGCCCUGUUGCUGUUGGGUGGCAUUGCUCUUUCCUGCCUUGCUCUGGACCUUCUCUUCCUCUUGUUCUACUCGUUUUGGUUGUGCUGCCGCCAUCGGAAGAGCGAAGAGCAUUUAAAUGCUGACUGCUGCUGUACAGCCUGGUGUGUGAUCAUCGCCACCCUCGUCUGCAGUGCUGGAAUUGCUGUUGGCUUCUAUGGAAAUGGAGAGACCAGUGAUGGCAUUCACCGGUUGACGUACUCGCUGCGCCAUGCAAACCGCACUGUGGCAGGUGUCCAAGACCGGGUACUGGAUACUGCAUUGGCCCUGAACCAAACAGCGGAACCAAACUUGUUGAUCCUGGAGGAGAUGUUCACAAAGCAGACAGACUACCUGCAUGUUAUCCAGAAACUGCAGGGUCUCUUGGAUAAUCUAGUCAGGCAAACAACUGAGAUCCCUUUUUGGAAGAAUGAAGAGCUCUCUCUGGAGGAGCUGGCAAUUCAGAUCGACCUCUAUGACUGGUACAGGUGGCUGGGAUACCUAGGCCUGCUCCUGUUCCACGUCCUGAUAUGUUUGCUGGUGCUCUUUGGGCUUAUAAGAAACUCCAGGGCCAUUCUUAUGGGGGUGUGCUUGCUUGGGGUGUUUGCCCUGAUUGUCAGCUGGGGAUCCUUGGGUCUGGAGUUAGCUGUUGCUGUGGGCUCCAGUGACUUCUGUAUUAACCCUGAUGCCUAUGUCUCUAAAGUGGUUGAAGAUAAUGGAGUGCUUAGUACUGAUACUCUCCGCUAUUACAUUACCUGCAGUGCUGGAUACCCCAACCCUUUCCAGCAGAAGCUGUCAGGAAGUCACAAAGCUCUGGUGGAAAUGCAAGAUGAUGUUAUGGAACUCAUGCGGUCAGCGAGCAGAGAGCACCCCACCUCCAAGGAGUAUCUUACUCGGAUCCAGGAAGUUUUAAAUUCAACAGAGAUCAACUUGCAGCAGCUGACAGCUCUAGUAGACUGUCGGAGUCUGCAUUUGGAUUACGUCCAGGCUCUGACAGGCUUUUGCUAUGAUGGAGUGGAAGGCCUCAUCUACCUGGUUCUCUUCUCCUUUGUCACAGCCCUCAUGUUCAGUUCCAUUGUGUGCAGUGUCCCACACACUUGGCAGCAAAAGAGAAGCUCGGAUGAUGAUGGGGAAGAAGAAUCAGCUGCUCAAGGGAAUAGACAAACACAUGAUAAUCUUUACAGAGUGCACAUGCCCAGCCUCUAUAGCUGUGGGAGUAGUUAUGGCAGUGAGACCAGCAUUCCAGCAGCAGCACACACAGUCAGCAAUGCUCCUGUCACAGAGUACAUGAGCCAGAAUGCAAAUUUCCAGAACCCCCGCUGCGAGAAUACCCCGCUCAUUGGCCGUGAGUCCCCACCUCCCUCAUACACCUCCAGCAUGAGAGCCAAAUACCUCGCCACCAACCAACCUCGUCCAGAUGCUGGCAGUGUGCAUUAAAAUGAAAAAGCAAAGCAAAAAAACCCCCCACACAUGCAGUCAGACAAAACAAUGUGCCAACUGCUGUGCCCUUGUGCUGUCCUCGUAGAACAAUCCUGCUGUUCUGCCCAAAAUCCAGUGCAGCUCCUUCUGUUUCUCCAGUCCAGACCACCCCUCCAACCUGGUACCUGCCCAUUGGAGUGGAAGCCCCUUUUGAAUAUAAGCCUUCACCUGCUCUACCUGGUGUGUGAGAGAAAGCAAGCGCGUGCAGGCAAGCAACGGAGAGAUUACCAGCCCAUCCUGGGUUCCACCUGCCUGGGGCCAGCUUGAUCGGUAGCCCUAUCAGAAAAUGUCGGUGAAUAUCUUCUGCCCCCUCUUUCCCUUCCUGUUCCCCAGAGCAACUUGAUAAAAGUUGGUAGUAGAUCAUCCUCAGUUCUGCAGAGGGAUCAGCAGAGCUGUUCAGUCCAUCAAAAUCUGAAGAAGCAGAUGUUCAGUGCCUGUGACUAGUGUACAAGGAGGGAAAGCCAAGUCAGUGCACAGUGUUGGUGGGAAUCUUCUGGUCUAGCCUCCUGUGUUGGGGAGGAAGGAAGCCCCUGUCCCAUGGUGUCACUGCAUAUCCACUGUAAUUUGGGAGCCUAGUGCUCUUGUUUAGAGCAAAGCACAGCCCUGGUGAUGUCUUUUAAGAAGAAAAAAUCCAAUGCCUUUUUCUUUCCCACUGUAUCUAAUGUGUGAAUUCUCGAGGAGGAGCAAAGGGUCCCAAUAUCAGUCAAGUACCCUGUCUGUUGCUCUGAACUGGACGUCUCUGUUCUGUCAGGGAAGCCCACGUGCUUGCAGGUGGCAUUCUGGGUGCUGCCUUUGUGAGGCCAUCAUACAGAUCAAACAGGAGCCAGCAACAAACUUGGUGCCAAUUUUUUCCAGGAAAAGACUUGUAAGACUUUUUUUUUUUUUUUUUUUUUUUUUUGCACUGAACAAAUUUCAGCUCUCUGAUGGUAGGUUUUAUGUAAGUCAGCUUAUGAGAGAAGGGGGAGAAGCUGCAAACAUCAAUAGAUUUAAAGCAAAUGCGGAUUUUCCCUGCAGGAGUGACCUGUGAGCUCUGCUGGACUUUCCCUCUCCCCACACUUCCCCAUCCCACCUUUAAUCCUCAUUUAUGGUGCAGGGUUGUGGACCUGGCUUUGAAAGAGAUUUUUGGAGCCUCCAUCCUGACAAAUUCACAAGAUGGGCAGUGUACUUCCUCUGUGAUCCAGAAUGAGAAACCCAAAAGACAUCUUGGAAACAUUGCAACUGUUGGAAAAUUUUUUCUUUUCUUUUUUUUUCUUUUCUUUUUUAUUUUUAAAGUUUUUUUUUUUUUCCCCAGGCAUGUUGCUAACCACUAUCCGAUCAUAUUAAGGCACAUUUAAGGCAUUUUUCAAGACUUGAGAGACAACAAGGCUUGCAAAGGGUAUAUUAGGUGCCUGGAAGGGGCAACAUCCUCCACUGGUGCUGUACUUUCCACUGAAGAUUGGUGCUCUAAAGGGUGCUGACAGCUUCCUGCCAGAAAAAGGAGACUGCCACUUGGGUAGUUAGAAGUAAUGUAGAGUACUGGCCUUUCAGGAAGAAAGCUAUGAUGUUCCUUUUCUUUGUUUACCUCUCUGAGCAGGGACAUCUUAGUGUAGCUGCUGAGCAUGAUAUUUAAUAUCUGGCAGAAGAAAUAAGUGGAAAACAUCUCUCAAAUUGGAGUUGAGCCUCUGGCAGAUGCAGUUCAUCUUCACCUCACUGAUGUUCAGGCUCAGUGUCUGUUUAUUCCCAUUUUUGGUGUGUGGGGCUUAGAUCCGUAGAUUGGAGCACAGAAUCUACCAAUCUGCCUUUACCUGAGUUAGUUGCCUUCUUGCAGCAAGGUAGAAAAUGCUCCUAGCAGAUAGCUAAGCAGGAGGCUGGUAUUUCCUGUGAAAUGUUACCAGCUCUGUGGAAGAGCAAGUUUUGAGACUCCUCUUAAGAAGAUAGAAACCACUAACGGACUGCAAAAGCUGUAGGCCAACUUUUGUCAUUCAAAGGACUGAGGGAGAAAGGAGGAAAUGGUACCACACUGACAGGAGGAGAAGGUUUUGGAGAAAACUCACCACUUCACCACAAAUCUGUAAAAACAGGAUUUUCUUGCUCAGGACUGAGUAGGCCUUUCAAACACUUUUGAUGGGCUUCACACUGAAACAUACCUCGGUGUUAUCAAAUAACAAGGGCAGGGAAACAUAGCCACAGGUUAUGUGGAGGAACAGUGUGGCUUCUGCACCAGUUUUGCACCCUGUCUUAAAGCUUAACAGGAGACCUGUGUAUGCAAGCAUGUUGUGUGGUUAGCUUGCAGAGCUCAAAGCACGCAACUGUGGUCCAGGGUGGAGGGGGGUAACUGAACCUCCACCUCACGUUGAAGAAAGAAGCAAGAGCUGUGUAAUACCUACUAAGUUCUGCCAUUGUCUUUCCCUGCAAGGGUAUGCCCAGAUUCCUACUUGUGCAGUUGUUUUUAGGGGAGCUGCCCUAAAAUUUCUGACUUGGUCCUACUCACUGAAGGGAAGCGUUUUGAAGGCUCGGGGGGUGGGGGGACCCUAUGAGAGCAGGUGCAUCUGUAUAUUGCUGUAUACAGAAUGCAUCCUGAGCACGUGUGUGACUGCACUUUGGGAAGGGUUGGAUCUGAAUUGUGGCGUUGCCUGUGCCAGUGAUAAGGGGGAGCCUAUGCCUUUUGUUUGCAGCAUCUAAUGCCACCUUGACCUGCUUCCUCCAAGGUUUGGCAUAGUCACUUACAACACCCAGAACAACUUCUGACAAUGUUCAGGGGCAUGCAGCAAGGCACAGACAUGGAGAUGCAUGCUCUGUGACUUCAAAGUAUAACUGGAAAGAAUGUUAUGGAGAACUACUUUGCUCUCUGGAGGCCAGCGUAACGUGACUGUGGUGUGAGCUGUGUACCCUUGUCCAGCCAGCACUUCCUUUACUUGACAUGGAUAUUGCACUUUUGUGAAGCAUCCUGGAACUCUGCUGCCCUGCUGCAUGCUGUGCAGAGCCCUGGAUCGAAAACACAGACAAAUGGUUUUAUUUUAUUUUUUUUACUGGAACCUUGAGCAACAGUGUGGCAUUUCUGCAGGCUGGUCUGAAUGGAUUUGCUGAAGAACAGAUGGCCUUUGCCUAUUCCUAUGGCUGCGACACAAUUGGUCUCAUCCAUAUGGUCACAUUUUGUCUGUGGAGCAGACUUUCAAAAGCCAAGAUCUCCCAGACUCUGUGCCUCCUUCUAGGCUGAACAGCAGGUGCUAUCCGGCGAAGACUAAUCUGUUCUAGAUGACAUUAAUGGUUGAGGGAGUCCAAACUCUUCAAGCUGUAGGAGGUAAAGCUGCAGAGACCUCUCUCUUCCAUUGUGUGUCUUCAUUUUUAAUGUGACAAAAUGCCAAGGCCAUAUCACCCAGCGUAUCCCAGCUGACAUUAUCAGAACAUUAUUCAUGUUACUGGUUGCUAACAAAAGGGUCCAGAAUUCAGGGGAGAUGAGAUUGGCCUCUGGACACCUUACUGACUGCAAAAUGGAAGGCAGCCUGUCUGGUUGAAAGUAACUGCUUCAGUGAAGACACUUCAUGUUACUUUUUCAGAAGCACAAAUGUCAUUGGCUUGUCUGGUUGGCUUGGUUUAUUUCCACUGCAUCAUCAUGUGCGAAUGACAUUUUCUUUUGGAACUGAGAACUCUUCCAAGCACACAAACAUCUCCACAAUGUGAAAUGUAAAUAGCAUGUUGGACUCUAGUGUCCAGUGUUCAAGACUGCAUUGUACUUGUAAAGGAAACCGAAUCAAGACUUGGCUGUGAAUUUCUUGUGCUGUCUUGGGAAUAUAACUGUAGUGUUUGUAUCCUGUAUGUAAUAUUAAAUUGAGUUCAUUUUA